AUGCUUUUAAAGGUCAAAGUGCUCGUUUUCCUCCUGGGUGUGACCAGCAUCUGUAUGUUUUGGAGAGCAUACAUGCCCAUGUCACACAGUGUCUGGGCUUCUAAUCAACGUGUAUCUGAAGAAGAUCAGUGGUUAAUGAAGCAUCUCACCAAAUCUGUUGAACCAUUCUUGGCGCCAAACUUCAAUCUCGAAGAAGACGCUUUCAACUGGUGGAAGUAUUUACAAAAUGAAAAGCGCAGCUUUAGCACCUUUAAAAGAACAGCAGAUGAGCUGUUCCAGAUGUUCCCUCACACUGCGGAUGUUAAAGGAUCCGGCCCUAAACGCCGAACGACUUGUGCUGUGGUGGGGAAUUCUGGUAAUUUGAAGAAAUCCCAGUUUGGACCUCUCAUAGAUUUCCAUGAUGUCAUUAUAAGAAUGAACAAUGGUCGUACCAAAGGCUAUGAAGCAGAUGUUGGGAGCAGAACAACUCAUCAUGUCAUGUAUCCAGAGAGUGCUAUGGAUCUAGAUAACACCACUCAUCUUGUGCUGCUUCCAUUUAAGAUACUGGAUCUUGAGUGGGUCAUGAAGGCCCUCGGCACAGGAUUCUCUGGAAAAUCAUAUAUGCCAAUAAAAUCAAAAAUCAAGGCUAACAAGGAUUUAGUGAUGGUCCUAAAUCCAGCGUUCGUGAGGUAUGUUCAUGGAAUAUGGCUGGAAAAGAAAGGCAAAUAUCCAUCCACUGGCUUUGUGGCUUUGGUUCUUGCGUUGCAUAUUUGUGACGAGGUCGACGUGUUCGGAUUUGGAACAGACAAUGAUGGAAACUGGAGUCAUUACUGGGAGAUACUCAGAAACAAAGCGCUAAAAACUGGAGUACAUCAUGGACAUAACGAGUAUGGAGUUAUCCAGAAGCUAGCUCAGCAUCAUCAACUCAGGUUUUACAAAAGGUUUUGAUCUUUCGCUCAACAUUCAAAGUAUUCAAGCCUUGAUAACAAAGAAUUUACAAAGCAAAACAAGACUAAGAAGCCAUUACCGCUCAAGAGACAUCUCGUCUCUGACUGCCUGGACACAACCCUUCGUAAUUAAAACUGUGAGUGGUGAAUCAUCUGAACUAAAACUACAUGUAUAAUGAAUGUGACUGAUCCCUCUCACUGGGUU